UGAAAUAGUAGGCUGAUCUAAAAAAUUGAUAAUCGUUAGUUGUUUCAUAACAACAAUCAUAAGUGUCAAUACCUGUGUUUGGAAAGCAUCGUUGGGAGCUUCUCUGAACCAUUCCAUACCAUUUUCGCCUCAUUUUGCAGUGAAAAGUUUUGCUUUACCUAAAACAUGCGUGAAUGUAUUUCUAUCCACCUUGGCCAAGCCGGAGUUCAAAUUGGUAAUGCCUGUUGGGAGUUGUACUGCCUUGAACAUGGAAUACAACCAGAUGGACAAAUGCCCUCAGACAAAACUGUAGGAGGAGGUGAUGACAGCUUUAAUACCUUCUUCAGCGAAACUGGAGCAGGCAAACAUGUACCCAGAGCAGUCUUUGUGGACUUAGAACCCACCGUAGUUGACGAAGUAAGGACCGGCACAUACAGACAGCUAUUCCAUCCAGAACAAUUGAUCACCGGGAAGGAGGAUGCCGCCAAUAAUUAUGCACGGGGUCAUUACACUAUCGGAAAGGAGAUUGUUGAUCUCGUGCUUGACCGAAUAAGAAAGUUAGCUGACCAAUGUACUGGUCUUCAAGGGUUUCUAAUUUUUCACUCCUUUGGUGGUGGCACUGGCUCCGGAUUUACUUCUUUGCUUAUGGAGCGACUAUCAGUUGAUUAUGGUAAGAAAUCUAAGCUGGAAUUUGCUAUUUAUCCUGCCCCUCAAGUAUCAACUGCAGUGGUAGAGCCAUACAAUGCCAUUCUAACAACACACACGACCUUGGAGCAUUCUGAUGCAGCAUUCAUGGUUGAUAAUGAAGCUAUUUAUGAUAUCUGUCGAAGAAAUUUGGAUAUUGAGCGUCCCACAUAUACCAACUUAAACCGUUUAAUUGGUCAAAUUGUCUCAUCCAUUACGGCUUCCCUACGAUUUGAUGGCGCGCUAAAUGUCGAUCUUACUGAAUUCCAAACUAACUUGGUACCUUAUCCUCGAAUUCAUUUUCCAUUGGCCACAUAUGCCCCAGUAAUUUCUGCAGAAAAAGCAUAUCAUGAACAGCUAUCUGUCGCCGAAAUUACCAAUGCUUGUUUUGAGCCAGCUAAUCAAAUGGUCAAAUGUGACCCUAGGCAUGGUAAAUAUAUGGCAUGCUGUAUGUUGUAUCGUGGAGAUGUAGUACCAAAAGAUGUAAAUGCAGCUAUUGGUACUAUUAAAACUAAGCGUACUAUUCAGUUCGUCGACUGGUGUCCCACUGGAUUUAAAGUUGGUAUUAAUUAUCAACCCCCAACAGUAGUUCCUGGUGGUGAUUUGGCAAAAGUACAAAGAGCUGUUUGCAUGCUGUCAAACACUACAGCUAUUGCUGAGGCUUGGGCUCGUUUGGAUCACAAAUUUGAUCUCAUGUAUGCUAAAAGAGCUUUUGUUCAUUGGUACGUAGGUGAAGGUAUGGAAGAAGGUGAAUUCUCUGAAGCACGUGAAGAUACCGCUGCAUUAGAAAAGGACUAUGAGGAAGUUGGUAUGGACUCUGGAGAAGGCGAGGGCGAAGGCGGGGAAGAAUAUUAAAAUAUAAUUUCACUGUUUGCUAUGCAUUUUUAUUGUAAUAAAAACAAAUAAUAUCGUA